AUGUUGUUGGAAUCCACAUGAUUUCUGAUCAUACUAGCUGAAGACUGGCCAGAGUUGGAGCUCAACAUUUGGGAGGAUUGCAUUUAUUGAGGAUUGGAGGGAGCCGGCAACUAAUGACCACAAUGGAGGCCGGAAUUUCUAUUAUUAAGCAAAGUGGUUGCUAACGGCCGCUUCGCCUUGUUUUUACGCGCGGAUGGAACUGAGCUGCAGCGUCGCGGGGAGGAACGGCGGCGGAGGAGGAGGCGGCUCCAGCAACGGCGGGCAGACGACGGCCACGCCGGCCAGCCUCGCGUCUUCUUCCUCCUCCUCCUCUUCUUCCUCCGCCGCCGCCGCCGCCGUGGGGCUCCUGAUGGACGGCGAGAGUCCCUGCGAGGAGGACUACGAGACCCUGCCUACCAACGCCUCCCUCUACACGCACAUGACGGCCGGGGCGGUGGCCGGCAUCCUGGAGCACACGGUCAUGUACCCCGUGGACUCCGUCAAGACUCGGAUGCAGAGUUUGCAACCCGACCCCAAAGCUCAGUACCGGAGCGUCUUUGAGGCUUUGAGGAAGAUCGUCCGCACGGAAGGCCUCUGGAGGCCGCUGCGAGGAAUUAACGUCACCGUCCUGGGAGCCGGCCCGGCCCACGCCUUGUACUUUGCCUGCUACGAAAAAAUGAAACGCACUUUAAGUGACAUUAUACAACAUGGAGGCAACAGCCACCUGGCCAAUGGCAUGGCUGGGAGUAUGGCUACACUUCUUCACGAUGGUGUCAUGAAUCCAGCAGAAGUCGUGAAGCAACGCAUGCAGAUGUACAAUUCUCCGCACAAGACAGUCACGGAAUGCAUCCGCUCGGUGCAUCGGACUGAAGGCUUGGGGGCCUUUUACCGCAGCUACACCACCCAGCUCACCAUGAACAUCCCUUUCCAAGCCAUCCAUUUUAUGACCUACGAGUUCAUGCAGGAGCAAAUCAACCCCCAGCGACAAUACAACCCUCGCUCGCACAUCGUUUCGGGGGCCGUGGCGGGAGCCGUGGCAGCGGCGGCCACGACCCCCUUAGACGUUUGCAAGACCUUGCUCAACACUCAGGAGAACUUGGUGUUGAGUUCUGUCAACAUUAGCGGGCACCUCUCUGGCAUGGCCAACGCCUUUAGAACAGUCUACCAACUGGGAGGGGUCACCGGGUAUUUUAAGGGCGUCCAAGCACGUGUGAUCUACCAGAUGCCUUCAACUGCCAUCGCCUGGUCCGUCUAUGAAUUUUUCAAGUACGUCCUUACCAAACGCCAAUUGAAGAAAGGCGCUCCUUGCUGAGGGAUCGCCCCGGAGCAACUGUAGACAAAAUCUCUGAGAAAGCUGUCGGCCUCUCUCUCUCUCUGUGUGUGUGUGUGUAAACCUCACCAGGUUCUUUAUGGCCAUUUGUAAAGAUAGCUGGUGGAUCCCUGACUGGAUUACGCCUGUGUUUGUGUGUGCGCGUGCACCAAAGGAUGUUCUUUUGGAGAGGAGAUGGCUCUUUCUCCCCAUCUUCCUCCUGCUUUUGCUAAAUCAAAAUGUUUAUUCUUUUAGACCUGUAUUUAUAGUUUUCUAGGGUGUUGAUAAGUGUGAUGAGAUUUGUACAAGUUUGUACUUAUUUUUUCACUGGAAUGCUUGGGGGAGGUGGGGGCUAAGCUGGGGAGGGUUGCGUAUCGGGGUGGGGGGGGGGAAGACAAAUGCUUCAGCUAUGGGCAGCUUUUCCCAAAAGACUAAUGCCUUUAAACCGAACAGAGACAAUUACGCGAUGGAUAAAAUAGAUGGAUAAUGUUUAUCCUUUAUUUUUCUAUUAUUUUUUUAAGGGGAAAAAAAAAAAGAUGAUCGUGCCAGGGUGACUGCUUUGUGAAUUUUAAAGGGCUUUACUGUUUUUGUUGUUUCCAUUGGUAAGAAGAGUAUUUUCCUCCUAAACUAGAAUAGCGCCGAGCACAUCUGGUCUGAUAUUAUACUGGCUGUCAAAUGUUUUUUUUUUCUUCUUUUCCUUCCAAUGUACUUGAAGGGAUUUCAGACCGGGGGUGUCUGUGUGGGACAGAUGGGGGUUGGGGUCAGAAAUAUUCAGAUUAUGGCUCUUAAUGAUCAAUGAACAGUCUCUUUGUGUAGAUGGGAUGCUGAAAUACGCACAAAAAGGAGUUUGGUCUUGUUUGUGUGGCAACAGCUAUGGAUGUCACCUUGACUUUUGUCACUGUUACACGCACGCGCACACACACAAAAUCCCCUCCAGAUGGUCUGGAAAGGUUUUAUGUUACAUUUUCCCUUUCUUAAGCAUGUCUGAACUGGGCUGCUUCUGAUAAUAACCAUUCAAAAGCCUUUUCUUUGGCCACGCUUUAGCGGGUGUUAAACCUCUGAAGGUGCUCCAAUGAAUUGCAUCUCAUUUUUGGAUUGUCAUUGUGCUCUUUAAUUUAUUUCUACUUCUCACCAAAGCUCUGCUUCCCUUCGGGCCUCCCUUCUCUCUACCCCUAAGCCAGACGUACUAUGAUACACAAGUAUAUUGAUUGCACUCGUGUGUAAAUGAAUACUCAAGAGACGUGCUCAGGAAUGGGGGCAUCAGGUUUACAUUGCUGCAAUAAAGCUUGCCUCAAAUUGCUUCUCCCAAAAAUACUGACAGCCAUUCGCUGGUGUUCCAUUUUGGCAUUGAAAACCCUUAGUGUAGGAAGGGUUUCAAGUCCAGCUUACCUCCAAAGUUAAGAAAAAAGAGAAAUGACGGUGAAAUUUUGCAUCUGUGAUCAUCCCUUUUCAGGUACUUGAUCGAUUAAAAUGAAGAUGAAUAGAGUAAUUUUAGCACUUGGGACAAAUCAGGAGUGCCGCUAUGAAAACUAACUAUGCUAACUAAUAUUCUAAGACAGCGGCCUCCAACCUUUUGGGCACCAGGGACAGGUUCCGUGGAGAGAGGUUUUUCCUUGGGCUGGAGGGGACGUGGUUUUGUGUGCUGCCUGCAUCCCACGGAUGGGGCUUUGCUUGUUUGCGUGGCCCGGUUUCUGGCAUGCCAUGGCCCAGUACCAGACCCCUGUUCUAAGGCAAAGGUUUUUACAAAUAACCUGUCCUUGCACACGCCAUGCAUUUAAUAGGAAUGGUGCAGGGGUGAAAUGCUACUGGUUUAGAUCAGUUCCGGCGAACUGAUAGUAAAAAAAUGCUACCAGUUCGCCUGAACUGGUAUUUCCGACGAUCAGCUGUGCCGUGCGAUUUAAAUCCUGUUUAGAAAUCCUGCUUUCUAGCGAAUCUAAAUCAUGCGGCACAGCUGUUCCAUCCCCCUCUCGCUGUUCUAUUUAUCUUCUUAAGCCUCCUUUUUCAGCGCUGCGCGCACACAGCAAGCUAGUAGCAAACUUCGGAGGAUUUCACCACUGGAAUGGUGUCCAGGGUUAUCUGAUGAGUUACUCAUCUCCUUUUGUGCGUAAGGGCAGAAACUUAAAUCUUAAAGCUUGAAUUGCAAAUGUUGACUACUUAGAUCAGGAUGCUUUCAGAAAAUGUAGUUUCCUAGCCCCGAUGGAAAUGAAACAAAACAAUAACUCAAGAAAUAUUUCCUUGGGGACUUCAGGAAAUACUACUGCUUGCAGUAAAUAUUGUAAAGAUUGACAUCAAUAUUUUCCAACUGGGCUUCCCCCCCCCCCAACUGGGCCUAGGAUUGCAGUGGAGAAUUCCCAGCCAGCCUUGAGAGAAAAAAAUGUCUUCAUAACCAGCUAUGUUCUAUUCCAAAUACAGAAUUUACAGCGCCAUUUGGUUUUAAGUCAUUACAUUAUAUUUGCAGGCUUUGAAAGGUUAAAAGAAAAAGAAGAAGAAGCAGAAUGUAAAGUUUCCAAAAGAUGCCCUAAUUAAUUCAUGAGCCAUGAUCCAAACUUCAAAGGAAAUACAGUCAUUUAUUAGGAGCAACAUUCCGGCAAUACUCGGAUGCAGUUAGGACUGAUCCCACGUAGAUUUACGUUCCCCUAUGACCCUGUCUCUCCCCUCCUCUCUGGCCAUGUCACAAAUCACAUUCUCCAAUUAACCACUUUGGCUGGCUGUGAAACCUAACACCCUCCUUCUGAUUGCGGUCAGGAAGAAUGUAUGGAAUUCAGUUCUCCCUCCCUCCUGUUCAUGGCAACUUGAAAGCUUUGCAAGUUGACAUAGAACCAGGUUUAAAUCAGGGUUUUUCAAACUUGGCAAUUGUAAGAUGGGGGGAUUUCAACUUCCAGAAGUCCACACACCUUCAAGUUCCUAAUUUUGAAGAAACGCUGAUUCAUUGUACUUAAGGACCAACUCCCAGUUUGUUCAAGAAAAACAAAAAUAGCAAACCAGUGUCGUUAAAUAGAACUGUUCUUCGACAGUGUCAGAUUGAAAAGUCUAACUUUAAAACACAAAACGAAUAAUGGGGAGGUGGGAUUUUGGGACAAUUCCCCUUUUCCCCUCCGUGCUGCUUUUUGGCCUUAGAAAUACUCCCCAAAUAAGGUACCCACCAAGGUUCUUACAUAGAAUCUUCUUCCCAAAAGUGGACUGGAUUGAACAUAGAUGGUGAUAUGUACGAGAGUGACUAUGAGUUAGCGGUGGAAGGAACAGGAUAUAGUUUAGUUGCUCUCUAUCUGGGUGAGCUAUUUUUUCCUUCUAAACCUUUCUCAUCGUUGCCUAAUUUAUGGGGACAGUCUCAGAUUUAGCACACUUUGGCCUGCUCAGAAUGCAACCUGCUAAUCUUUCCUCAGUAAGGAGGAACUGAUUUCAAAUCAAUGUCUUGAAUGAGGUCCCUGAAUUGUUUUUUUUUAAAAAAAAUAUGUGCUUAUAAGCUAAAUCCGAAUGCGUAAGUGUUACCCUGAAGUAUGUUGGACUUGAAGUAUUUGCAGGCAAAAUUCACAGUGGGCGAAGACAAGGCCUGUCUGAAUUCUGAGUGGGUUGGUAACUUUUUUCUAACAGCAGCAGCAACCACAAAAAAUGCACAACUGAAUACACAAUGCAGGUAGUCCUCGACUUACAAUAGCUUGUUUAGUGACCUUCAAAGUUAUGGCGGCACUGAAAAAUUUGACUUAAUGGCCGUUUUUCACUAUUACGACCUUUGCAGCAUUCCCCCUGGUCACAUGAUGAAAAUUCAGACGCUUGGCAACUGGUUCAUAUUUAUGCCAGUUGCUUCGUCCCGAGGUUAUGUGAUCCCCAUUUUGCGACCUUCUGACAUGCAAUGUCCAUGGGGAAGCCAGAUUCGCUAAACAACCAUGUUACUAACCAGCUGCAGCGAUUCGCUUAACAACUGUGGCAAGGAAGGUCGUAGAAACGGAGCACUUAACAAACGUCUCGCUUAACAACAGAAACUUUGGGCUCAAUUGGGGUCGUAAGUUGAGGACUAUCUGUAGUACUUAAAAUGCUUAGGUUGGCGUUCUGAAUCAUCCUUUUUUGCUCUGUUGUAUUGAGUCCCACUGUGUGCUGGGCUAGAAUUCUCUACUACAGGGGUGUCAAACUCUAGGCCCGGGGUGCUUGGAUUCGGCCCACAGGGUGCUUAGAUCUGGCCCACAGGGCUACCCAGGAAAUAGCGAAGGAACGGUCUGUGGUGCCUCAGCCAGCAAAAACGGAGUGUCAGGAUUCCAAGUAAUGUAAAAGAUGGCUUCCAGGCCUGACACGGAGCUUGGAAGGACUGUGUGUGGCCCUCCCGUGCUCCGUUUUCUCUGACAGAGGGCUGCAGGAGGCCGUCGCAGCCGAAACGGAGCUCGGGAGCCCGUUUUUGCUGACAGAGCGGUUGGACCACCACAGGUGCCCCCGACACGAGUGACAUUGAGCUGGCCACGCCCAUCCUGGCCAUGCCCACUCUGGCCCCCCAAGGUCGAACACAACCUUGAUGUGGCCCUCAAAGAAAUAGAGUGUCAGCAUUCUGAUGCUGCCAUAAAAAGACGAGGCUUGACUUUUCACCUACUUAUUUUCUCUGUAGAUAAUAUCCCCUAGGAGAUGGGAGGGGGGAACAUUCCUGUGGGGUGAGGUCAGAAGCUGGGGAGACUGACUUGGAAGAUGGCCAAUGAGAAGAUGAGAAUUGGGGAACGGGAAGGGUUUGGGGGUCAGAGGGUUAGUAUCGGCUACGACGAAGUCGGGGCCAGAUCUGUCGUAGUCAAUAAAUGGAAUAUUUCAGCAAAGAUUAAUUGUUUGGGAGUGCAAUUUAUUUGAGAUGACAUUGAAACCUGACAUAGAGUUUGACACCCCUGCUCUACUAAGAUAACGGCAUCCAAUAGCUGCUCCCGCCAAAGGCCUUUUAAAAAGUGAAGCGAGAUUCUGCAAAUGCCGAAGUACGGAUUCCGCUGCUUUGCACGCUACAGACGCACAUUUUUAAAGUGAUUUUUUUUUUUUUUUUUUUUGGAAAGCUGACAUUUGCCGUUUGAAAAUUGCCUUCUUAUAAAUUUACCAAUGUAGACUUUUUACCAGGAAUGUUUGUACGUGUAUAUAUACAAUCAUGCUUAUGCGCGUGCACACACAAACACACAUUUAUGCCCAGCAGAACAAAAAUGUGUUUUGAAAUGCUGCUACAGUUAAAACACUGGGGCUCAAGUAAUAAAAAAAAAUGUGUUUGAUUUAUUAGAUCAAGGUCGGGUUUUGUUUUUCCAAAAGCGGCUCCUUACUCAUCGACUAAAAAUGUUCCUUGGGGUCAUUAUUGUGGAGCGUCUGGCUUUUCCUUUCACCAUUGAACAGUGGCUAAUGGUUAUUUGCAUAUGUUUCCCCAUUUAAUUUACAGAACCAGAAAGAGAACUCUUGAGGAUGGCUGAACAUACUACUGGUAAUAAGGGAAAAUAUUUGUCGCUCAGGGUUGACAUGAGUUGGGUCCUUGGUGCUCUCUCAGCUUGCUGGUUUUCUUGCAUAUGUUCCAUUACCCAAACUAGGUAACAACAUCUAGACAGUGGUGGGAUUCGGCUGGCUUGGGCCGGUUUGUGUGAACCGGUAGUUAAAUUCCUGGCUGGUCCUGCCCCUCCCCGCACCUUCUAGGAGUUCCCACGCACCCCAUUUUGGCUCCCAGGUAAGUGCAGGGAGGCCUACUAGACCCAAAAUGGGGCACAGUGGGGUGCAGUGUCCCUUCCCUGCGGCCCGUUUUUGCUCCCAGGAGGCUGCAGGGAGGCCUACUAGGCCCAAAAUGGGGGGGCAGGGUUCAUUGGGGCAGAGAACCGGUUGUUAAAUUAUUUGAAUCCCACCACUGGGCAAGAAAAACAAAAUGCACAGGUACGGUAUAUGUGGUACCUUGCUCAAUAGUAGUAACUGCGAGAGGGAUCUUGGAGUCCUAGUGGACAACCAUUUAGAUAUGAGCCAGCCGUGUGCAGCAGCUGCCAAAAAAGCCAACACAGUUUUGGGCUGCAUAAACAAAGGGAUAGAAUCAAGAUCACGUGAAGUCUUAAUACCACUUUAUAAUGCCUUGGUAAGGCCACACUUGGAAUACUGCAUUCAGUUUUGGUCACCACAAUGUAAAAAAAGAUGUUGAGACUCUAGAAAGAGUGCAGAGAAGAGCAACAAAGAUGAUUAGGGGACUGGAGGCUAAAACAUAUGAAGAACAGUUGCUGGAACUGGGUAUGUCUAGUUUAAUGGAAAGAAGGACUAGGGGAGACAUAAUAGCAGUCUUCCAAUAUCUCAGGAGCUGCCACAAAGAAGAGGAAGUCAAGCUAUUCUCCAAAGUACCUGAGGGCAGGUCAAGAAGCAAUGGGGUGGAAACUAAUCAAGGAGAGAAGCAACUUUGAACUAAGGAGAAAUUUCCUGACAGUUAAGAACAAUUAAUCAGUGGAACAACUUGCCUCCAGAAGUUGUGAAUGCUCCAACACUGGAAGUUUUAAAGAUGUUGGAUAACCAUUUGUCUGAAGUGGUGUAGGGUUUCCUGCCUGGGCAGGGGGUUGGACUAGAAGACCUCCAAGGUCCCUUCCAACUCUGUUAUUCUAUUCACUGCAUCUAGAGGAGCAUUGAUGAUGUUACCUAGUUUGGGUAAUGAAACGUUUGCGAGAAAACAAGCAAGCUCAGAGAGCACCAAGGAUCCCUCAUGACAUACUUAGAGAAUAAGGAAGAUGACCUUGACAGAGAUAAGACAAUGGAGUCUGCGUAUCUGUCCUCUUAUUCACUGAUGUCUUUACUAGGGUUUAGUUCUCAGGUGGCAUUGGUAGAUUAGAAAAUGAUAGGAAGCACAGUUUCCCUUUGAUUUAGCUGAACAUAUUUUUAUGGUAAGGAUGGGGAAUGUUAACCGUUUGAGGCUCACCCUUUGUAGCUAGGCCAAGACCCACUGUAACAAGGCAUAGGGGAAAAUUUCAAGAUGUUUCAUUGUCUCCUGGCCUUUUGGAAGGUCUCCACAAGCUCCAAAAGGUUGCUUGAUGUGCCUAUUGUAUUGUACUCACAACAUUGGGUAUUCUCUGGCUUAGAACGGCAAGGAGUUGUGUCAAUGUUUAGCCAUCACAGAGGGCCCCCCAAAAAUGUGUGCGUGUAGCUGAAUUCCAUUGUCAGUCCCAUUGAAGGAACAGUAAUACUCGAGAUUCCAAUUGAAAAGAAUAUUUGUUGUUAGUUGCGAAGUUGUGUCCGACCCAUUGUGACCCCAUGGACAACAUUCCUCUAAGCCUUCCUGUCUUCUACCAUCCCCCAGAGUCCAUUUAAGCUCACGCCGACUGCUUCAGUGACUCCAUCCAGCCACCUCCUUCUCUGCCGUCCCCUUCUUCUUUUGCCCUCGAUCGUUCCCAGCAUUUGGCUCUUCUCUAGGAAGUCCUUCUCAUUAGGUGGUCAAAGUAUUUGAGUUUCCUCUUCAGGAUCUGGCCUUCUAAAGAGCAGUCAGGGUUGAUCUCCUCUAGGACUGACCGGUUUGAUCGCCUUGCAGUCCAAGGGACUCGCAGGAGUCUUCUCCAGCACCAGAGUUCAAAGGCCUCCAUUCUUUGGCACUCAUCCUUCCUUAUGGUUCAACUUUCACAGCCAUGCAUUGCAACUGGGAAAACCAUAGCUAUGACUAUAUGCACUUUUGUUGGCAGGGUGAUGUCUCUGCUUUUUAGUAUGCUAUCUAUAUUUGCCAUAGCUUUCCUCCCCAGGAGCAAGCGUCUUUUAAUUUCUUGAUAAAUAUUCGUUACUAAGGGUUAAACCCUGGAGUUCUCAGUCUUUUCUAUGGUUGCUGGCCUGUGAAUGUUUCAUUACUCAACUAGAUAACAUGAUGAUGAUGAUGAUGUUACCUUGUUGAGUAGUAAUGUAGCUAGUUGGUAAUGUAACUAAGAAUUCCACUCUUAGUUGGAAUUAUAUCACUAACUGUUGGAAUCUCACAAUGUUUACUUGCUUCUGGUGUCAAAUAACCAUGGUGGUGAUAGCACUCUUGUUCUUUUAAUGUAUUGUGGGGCAGUAGGACUUGAAUCUGGGCUAAUAAACCUGUUUCUUAAAUGGA